AUGGAAUCAACAUCUUCAUCUUCAAAGCAUCUUAUCGCACCAGAUCAUAGUAAUAAAUCGAAAAUAUAUGAUUUGCCAAGUGAAGAAGAAUUUGAAGAAAUCAGUCAUAUGCAAUUGCGGCAUUAUAUGCUUAGAUACAUGUGGCAAUGCAAUUUCGUUGCACCGGUUCAUGACAUUCUUACAUCGGGUGGAAAAGUGCUUGACAUUGCCUGUGGUACGGGAGAAUGGAUACUUGAAAUGUCUUUAAGUUAUCCAAAAUCCGAAUUUACGGGCAUUGACCGGCUGUCAAUUUUUCCAUCAGCAGUAAAGCCUACUAAUGCAAAUUUUGCAAAGGAAAAUGCUUUAACUUUACCGUAUGAAAAUGAGACUUUUAACUUCUUACGAUUUAGUCUAACAAUUUUCCGUGAGAAAUUGUGGAAAAAUUAUCUACUACCUGAGGCUUUGAGGGUUCUUAGACCUGGUGGAUACAUUGAGUGGCAAGAAUUUGAUUAUAAUAUGAUCAAUAAAGGCCCUUGUCUAAAGAUAAUUAUUGAUGGGUUUAUUAGAUACUUUGAAAUCAAUAAAACAAACAUAUUGAUAUGUCCUUACAUGGAAGGAUAUUUGAAGGAGGCUAAUUUUAUAGAAAUCCAUUCAUUUGAUGUAAAAUGUAAUCUUUGGGAUGGUAGAUAUGGCAACUUGGCAAUUCACGAUUUUAUAUUAUCAUUUAAAAGGAUGAUGCCUCAACUUUGUCAAGUUAUCGGAAUCGAUGAGGAUGAAUAUUUAAAUUUAUUAAGUAAUCUCGAAGAGGAAAUGAUUAAAUUUAAGACCUCUUAUAAAAAGUGGAGAAUCGUAUUUCUAUCAACGCUUGCUGUUAAUUGUUCCUGCAAGAAGCGAGAAAGAUUACAAGAAUGA